AAUUUCUCAAAGUUGAGGAAGAAGUGCUUAAAGGGCAGGUCUUUAGCUUAUUUAAACAAUUUCACAAUUGCAGUGGCGGUGGUUAAUCAUCAAAAGCUCUCUUUUUUAUGUAAGCGUGAGUGAACAACAAGUUUGUUAUCAAAGAAAUGAAGUGUUUUUGAUUUUUGGGAAAAAGCUUGAAUAGAAGGCAGGGUGCUAAAAGUAGCACAGAAUCAGAAAAUGGGUAUCUUUCUAUUCCCACUUUUAAUUUAAAGUUAGGUUCUUUUUCUUAUUUUUAUUCAAAUUCUAAAUAAAUAAAAAAAUGAAAAAAAGGAAACUUUUUGAUGGGUUUGGUUUGUUUCUGCAAUAAUUCUGACUAGGGUUUGAAUGAGGUUAUUUAUUAUGCUGAAAUCAAUGUUUUUUGUAUAAACUGUUUUCAUCUCUUUCUUUUGACACUCUUUUUUAGUCUUUUUUUUUCUCUUUCUUAAGGGGGGUCCUUAUUUAUGAAAAUUUGGUACUUACAAGCUUUGGAAAUGGUAGCUGCUAAACUUGUGUGAACAUUUGGUACAUCUUUUUGGUACUUGGAUUUUGUUUCAGCUCUUUAGCAAUUUUACUAUCUAACAUCAUUUAUUUCAACUUGUUCCCUCUUCAACCUUUGUCUCUCUAUUUCUUAGUUUGAACCAUUUUUCCUUUUUUGCUUCAUAUUUGUAUCAUUUUUUUUUACUUUAUGAAGUUCAAGCUUUUCAUUUUUUAGUGAAAUUUUUCUACCAUUUGGUUUUGUAAUUGGUAUAGUUUUAUUGAAAGUUGAAAGUACCUUUUUGUUAAGGAUAGUUUGAUAUGAGUGACAAAGAAAAGUUUGAGGUUGAUGGAAAUGGGGAGCCUAUGAGUUAUUCUGAUGGUAUGCCUCCUGAUUGGAGAUUUGGUGGCGGUGGCAAUCUUGUAAAUUCAUCUCUUGGGUUGGUUUCUAUUGGGAAUUCUAUGAAUAUCGAUAGAGAGGAUUUAAUUGGUUCUUCUUCAUGUUCUUCUGCUUCAAUGGUGGACUCAUUUAGUCCUAACUUUUGGGACCAUUCAGCAAAUUCUCAAAAUUUGGGGUUUUGUGAUAUUAAUGGGAGUUCUUCAAACACAAUUGGAAUUAGAAAAGACGGGUUUGGUUUCGGAAGAGGUGGACAUGAACAUGGAACACUUGAAGUUGGAUGGAACCAAGCUAAUUCUAUGAUGAUGAAAGGGGAUGGUUUUUUACAGAAUGUACAGGGGGUUUUUCCUCAGAGUUUAUCUCAGUUUCCAACUGAUUCUGGAUUUAUUGAAAGGGCUGCGAGGUUCUCGUGUUUUGGUGGAGGGAAUUUCGGUGAUGUUGUGAACUCCUAUGGGAUUCCUCAAUCUAUGACUAUGUAUGCCGGCACAAUUCAUGGAGCUAGAGAUGGUCAUGCAGGCAUUGGAUUGAAAGUUGGAAUUGGAGGACAGUCUCAAGAAAGAGAUGAUCCUAAGGUAGUUGAAGGUACGAAAGGCGUGUCUCUGUCUGUUGAGCAAUUGGCUGCUAGAGGAAGCCCUUUAAAGAAUGAUAAAAGUGAGAGUCGUGCCGUGUCUCAAGAUGACGGGAAGAAAGCUCUUGUUAGGAAUGUUAAUGAUUCUGACAGAGGUGAAUCGGGUGAUGAUGAUGUUCGUGGUGAUGGACAGGAAGGUUCGCCUAUGUUGGAGGGUACUACAAGUGGAGAACCUUCUAUUAAAGGACUAAACUCGAAGAAAAGGAAAAGAAGUGGACAAGAUCCUGAUAAUGAUAAAGCCGAUGGAGCUCGAGAAUUACAAAGUGAAGGUGCAAAGGACAAUGCGGAGAAUCAACAGAAAGGAGACCAAACCAAGGAUUCUGGUAAGAAUGCCAAACAGGGCUCUCAAACUUCUGAUCCACCGAAGGAAGAAUACAUACAUGUUAGGGCUCGACGGGGCCAAGCAACAAACAGUCAUAGCCUUGCAGAGAGGGUGAGGAGAGAAAAGAUAAGUGAAAGAAUGAAGUUUCUUCAAGAACUUGUGCCUGGAUGCAGCAAGGUCACCGGCAAGGCAGUGAUGCUGGAUGAAAUCAUCAAUUAUGUACAGUCACUUCAACGGCAGGUUGAGUUUUUGUCUAUGAAACUUGCAACAGUAAAUCCACGGCUGGAUUUUAAUAUUGAAGGCCUUCUUGCUAAAGAUAUUCUUCACCAACGGCCUGGUCCUUCAUCCGCACUAGGGUUUCCUCUGGAGAUGUCUAUGAAUUUUCCACCUUUACAUCCAUCUCAACCAGGGAUGAUUCAGUCAGUUAUGGCAAACAUGACAAACCCGUCCGAUAUCCUUCGAAGAACUAUUCAUCCACAGUUAACACCCUUGACUGGAGGAUUCAAGGAGCCAAGUCAGAUGCCUGAUGUGUGGGAGGACGAGCUUCAUAAUGUUGUACAUAUGAGCUUUGCAACAACUGCUCCCUCGACUAGCCAAGAUGUAGAUGGUACUGCGGCAGCAAAUCAGAUGAAAGUUGAACUUUGAUGUUAACUCUACACUUCAUUCAUCUUCGAAACAACGCGGUUUUUGGCUUUUGUUUUAGUCAAAUGGAAAUAACUAUGGUCAGAGUUUUACAUAUGACACGCCAAAUUCAAAGGUCAGACCUUGGGUGUAAGUCGCACCCUACAGAUGACUAGAUGUUAGGUUAGCGAAAGUAUUAAUGAAUGUUCCUUUCUUUUGAAGCGUGAAUAUAUAUUAUGUAUCAUAUGUUUAGAAGUGGAAGUCUAUUUUACUAAAAUAGAUUUGCUCACUAAAUAUAAUUAAAGAAUGUAAAGACAGGAUCUCACUAAGUUUGAUCAAUCAGGUGAAAUUCUAUAGCAUUUUUUGUUGGGAUGGUUAUAUUUUAGUUUAUAGUGUGCAGUUACGGUUUUGAU